AUAUUAUCUGUCUUCGUCGUCUGUGAACGCAGUUUUAUGAAAGUUUGUCCGCGCUCUGACAAACUAAAUAUUAGUUAAAAUGUUCUAGCUUUCAUUUUAAUCGUAAGCAUAAUAUUUCCUUAAUGAUGAAGCGUCUCGUGAUAUUUCUUUUCUCUGUUUCUUACGCAGCUGCUGUUUGUAUAAGUGCUAAGUGUGAAACGGGUCGUUACCAACCGAAUUGGGAGAGCCUGGACAAAAGACCUCUGCCAGAAUGGUAUGAUAAGGCCAAAAUUGGUAUAUUUCUGCACUGGGGUGUGUUUUCUGUACCGAGCUACGGAUCCGAGUGGUUUUGGAGUAAUUGGCACGGAAACAACAGCAUUCACGUAGACUUUAUGAAAAAGAAUUACAGACCCGGAUUCACGUAUCAAGAGUUUGCUACCAUGCUGACGGCAGAGUUCUUCAACCCUGAUGAAUGGGCCAAGCUGUUUCAAAGGGCUGGUGCUAAAUACGUGGUGCUGACAAGCAAGCAUCACGAAGGCUUCACAAUGUUCCCUUCAAAGAAGUCUUUCAGCUGGAACUCCGUGGAGGUAGGACCACACCGGGACAUAGUGGGGGAACUCGGGAAAGCCGUCAAAGACCAUGGAUUGGUCUUCGGUGUCUACCAUUCUCUUUUCGAGUGGUUCAACCCAAUCUACUUGAAGGAUAAGUCUGAGCUAUUCGCUACGCGUGACUACCCGACUACUAAACUGUGGCCUGAUUUAAAGCAGCUUAUUAACGAUUACGAGCCUUCUAUCCUCUGGUCCGAUGGUGAUUGGGAAGCUCUGGAUAGUUACUGGAACUCUACGGACUUCCUCGCUUGGCUGUACAAUGAUAGUCCAGUAAAGGAUCGCAUUGUGGUGAACGACAGAUGGGGUAUCGGGAUACCGUGCCAUCACGGAGACUUCUACAACUGCCAAGACAGAUAUAACCCUGGCAAGUUACAAAACCACAAAUGGGAGAAUGCCUUCACCCUGGACAGCAAGUCCUGGGGCUGGCGGCGCGACCUUCAGCUCCGUGACCUCAUGACCUUGGACGACCUGAUCAAGGAAGUGGUCUCUACUGUCAGCUGCGGUGGCAACGCCCUAAUCAACGUUGGCCCGACGAAAGAAGGAACAAUAGCGCCAAUAUUCCAAGAGCGUCUGCUCUCCUUCGGCAAAUGGCUACGAGUGAACGGCGAGGCCAUUUACGAAAGCUCACCCUGGCAGCACCAGAACGACUCCAGGAAUGCCUACGUAUGGUACACGUGCCGUAAAACCAGCUACGAUGGCUUGAGGCCAACCUCCAAGCCGUUGAAGACCGACAAAGUGUCAGCAACUUACGCCAUAUUUCUUAAAUGGCCGGCAAAUAAUGUUUUGGAAGUCAAGGAUCUGACCCCGUACCUUCAUAGCGGGAACUUUGCGGUGGGAAUGCUGGGGAAAGCUGGCGAGACGCUCAAUUGGACAAUAUCAAACGGGUUAACGUACAUCACGCUACCAGACAAAGCUGCUGUGCGAACGGAACACGCGUGGGCCCUGAGAAUUACUCUCAAAUAAGCAGCCGCUAGCGACACCUAGUAAAAAUACUCAGAAUUUCUUGGAGGAUUAUGUGGCGCCAUCUAUUUUAAUUGGUUACAAAGUGCCUGAUGAUUUCAGCGCGCUGUGCUGAAAAUACUCUUCAGUAGUGCUCACGUAGCAGUGUAGUAGAUUAAGUAUAGAUGGCGCCCGCUCUAAGCAACUGCGAAUUUAUUUUGUAAAAUAACAAUCUGUAGAAAAGCAUUUUGAAAACAGUUUCCUACAAAAAUCAUUAAACUACUACUUGAAAAUA